CAAUUUGAAGUCACUGUGAAAUUGGCAACUCAGUACUUUAAAGUCGACAGAAUAUGCACACUCUGUACUAGUUAUUUCAAAACCUCCAACACUGCUGCCAUAACUCUCUCUCUCUCUCUCUCGACUCGAAUAAUGAAAUGGAAGCCAUCAGAAAACAGGCGACGAAGCUCAGAGGACAAGUUGCCAAGCAGCAGCAGGCACACAUUCCUCUCUCUCACUCUGCAAAAUUUACAUUUUCAGGCUGUUUUUUUAAAUGUAUUCGAAAAUUUUCUGAAUUAGUUUUUGAUUUUUUAGAGUAAUGUUGUCUGGAUAAGCCAUUUAAGCCUUUUAACCUCCCUUUCCUAAGCUACUUUGGACUACCAGCAAUAGCCACUUGAUGAACUCUGUCUUAAUUUGGUAAAUGAUAUAGUGCUAUACAUAUAGAGAUGAAUUUUGAAAGUUUUCGAAUAUGUGCAUUGUAAAAAACUAGCAAUUGUUUUGCUAAAUUGUUGUUCUACUUUUUUCUAUAGUUUAAUGUCAAUGUGUGUGCUUUAAUUUUUAAAAAAACCUUUUUGUCUGAAUAAUUGCUCUGUUUCUGAUGUUUCUUGUUGUUUGGGGGUUGGGUGUGUGUAUUUUCUACUAGGCCGUUCUCAGACAAUUCUCUGGUAAACUAAAUGGUUCAGACAACAUGGCAUCUGAUGAAGCUGAACUCCAGCAGCAUCAGAAGCUAGAGAAGCUGUACAUAUCCACUCGAGCUGCCAAGGUUAUCCUUCAUGUCACCUGUGCUCGGUCACGUUCUUAUAGACUCUGCCUCUGUUAAUUACUGUAUUAGCUAUCUAGUAUUUGACUAAUAUUGAUUUUAUUUGUUCUCCCAAAUUGUUUGGUGCUUGCCAGCAUUUACAAAGAGACUGAUACGAGGGUACUCGUAUCGGUCCCGGCAGCGCGAGGUCGCCGGAGAAGGGUUAGGUUCGUUCGCGGGAUCCUCCCGUCGAGCAGCCUAGGGUUCUCGGUCAAUUAAGGUUUGACGAGAUGAACUUGCGGAAAAAUAAAGUACGAAAAGAUAAAAGAACGGUAAAAGAUAAAUUGAUUUGAUAUAUCUCCAAUGAUUCAAAUGAAUAACAAUGUCCACUAUUUAUAAUAGUGGAUACCCUAACUUAAGGAACAAGAAAAUAAUCCUAAUAAAUAUGAAAAGAUAUGGUAAAUCAAUAACUAACUAAAUAAUAUAGAUAUGGGGGAUAUUCCCGAAGAUAUGCUCGUAUCAGAGACAUAGUUCGAGGCGUAGAGGGUUAUAUAGUAACUAGAUCCAAGCAGGUCGAAAUUGGUAGGUUUCUACCAUUUUUUCGGUGAUUUUUGCUCCAUGAAAUGCAAUGCAUAAUCUUCCUUAAAGAGUUUAAUCCUUGCAGGUACCAAGCUGUCAGAAGAUAGUAAAAAAUAUAGUAGUGAGAACACAUGUACUAGUGGGAGUACUCUCUCUAAAGUGGCACUAAGUUUUAGCAGUGCUCGUGCUCAAAUGGAAAAAGAACAUGACUGUUAUCUUAGAAUACUUGGAACACAGGUUACAGAGCUAUGGUUGUGGGAUCUGCCCUAGAAGAUGCUCGACAUCUUGCACAGCGAUAUGAUAGAGUGAGACAGCAGGUUGAAGCUCAGGGUGAGGGAAACAAACAAUAGUUCGGAUAUUACGUUAAAGCUAGAAGCUGCUGAAAUGAAGCUUAAUGAGCUGAAGUCGAAUAUGGUUACCUUGGGUAAAGAAGCAACGUCUGCAAUGGCAGCUGUUGAACACCAACAGCAGAGGUUAACUCUCCAGCGGCUUAUAGCCAUGAUGCUGUCUGCCCGUCAGCAAACUGAGGUUUUUCCAAAUCCAGCUCGAGAUACAAGAAGAAAUCCGGCCUCUGCAUAUAAUGAGGGUGAAAAUCUAUCUGCCUCAAAGCCAUAUGAUGGGUCAUUUGAUGGCACGGAUUACUUCUUAGGCGAGGUCAUCCAACCCUACCAAGCUGAGUCUGAUGUAGAGUUGACAUUAGCUCUUGGUGACUAUGUUGUCGUUCGAAAGGUGACCAACAAUGGAUGGGCCGAAGGUGAAUGCAAAUGUGAUGCCGGGUGGUUCCCAUUCGAGUUCGUUGAGAGAUGGGACCGUGUCCUUGCAAGCAAAGUAGCAGAAGUGUUUUAAGUUUUGAAUCCCUUCCAUGGCUUCAUGGUUCUUUCAUUCACAUGAAACCACUUAACUAAGAAGGAAAAUUGAUGGAUGGUAAGCUGAUUUAUGUUAUUCUAGGGCAGGGCAGGUGACACUCUGAUUUAAGAUAGAAAUGGCUGAAGUUAGGAUUUGAGUUUGCCAACAUAAAAUGUGUAGAGUUUGUAUGAUAAAUGAAAUUUGUGUUAUAAAUGUUUGCUUUAUAAUCAAAUUAUAUUGAGCUUUCUUUUA